CCGUUGCGACAGCGGGGUCGGUUUCUCCUCGAAGAAGCAGUGAGAUCCUCUCGCAAGAAACGAGCAAGACUGAGACGAAGAACAGAAGGGAUAUCAAAAAGAACAACAAUGAUCUAGUAGUACCUCUUACUUCGCUACUCCCGAAAGAGGGCGAUAUUGUGGAGAUACACAGUUUAGGUGGAAAGAACCCUGGGGUGGAAGGAGGUAAAGGUUUGGAGUAUAAUGGCCGGCGUGCGAGGGUGGUGAAGUUGCCGGAACGGGUGCGAGUGGAGCCGGUCAUUUCUCUAGGCAAGGUCCUCGACCUCCGUUUGGAGAAACUCUUCGUUCGAGAAGAAAAUCGGCAAGAUGCUG